AUGGCAGAUUACCGGGAUGACACCGGAGCUCGGGCCCUGCUCGCCUUGCAGUCGGCGCCUUGCAGCCCCGUGCGAGUGGCCGUCAGCAACCACGCUUUCCACCACCAGCCGUCGCUCGCCUUCCUCGGUCCGCCGCUGACGGGCGCCGCCGGCGGCGGGAUGCUCCCCGCUCGCCUGGCGUCUCCUCUCCCCCAGGCCUUGGCUAGACUCGAGGGCCGGGACUUUGAGUUUGUCAUGCGCCAGAGGACCGUCACUAUCGGCCGAAACUCUUCACACGGCUCCGUGGACAUUAACAUGGGUCACUCGAGUUUCAUCUCGCGGCGGCACCUGCAACUCUGCUACGACGAGACGAGCGGCUUCUCGCUGCGGUGCCUGGGCAAGAACGGCGUGUUCGUGGACGGCGUGUUCCAGCGAAGAGGGGCGCCACCGUUACAGCUUCCCCGAGAGUGUGUCUUCCGCUUUCCCAGCACGGUCAUCAAGAUCCAGUUCAUGUCGCUCAUCCCCUCCGAGGAUCUGCGGGAAAAGGAGGCGCCCUCGCCCCCAAUGCGCCCACUCUUGCCUCACAUCUCCCCGCUCAAGAUCAGUAUCCCCACCGCACAGCAGCAUGAAGAGCACAUCAGGGCAUUCGGCUCGCCGCUGCCGUCGCCCACCGGCACCCUCAGCGUUCCCAACUCAUGCCCGGCCAGCCCUCGUGGCGCUGGGUCGUCGGGAUAUCGCUAUGGCCGUAACGUGACGAACGACCUGCAGCUUGCGGCGGAGUACGCAGCCAAAGCCGUUUCGGAGCAGAGGCGUAACAUCGCUGACCAGCGGGGAGCGGCCGGAGAGCCCCGAGGGGAGUCGGCCAGCGGCGGCGAUAGCCCCAAGGAUGAGUCCAAGCCGCCGUAUUCGUAUGCUCAGUUGAUUGUUCAGGCCAUUUCCUCAGCGCCCGACAAGCAGCUGACACUCAGCGGCAUCUACGCUCACAUCACUAAACACUACCCCUACUACCGCACUGCAGACAAGGGCUGGCAGAACUCCAUCCGACACAAUCUGUCACUGAACCGCUACUUCCUUAAAGUGGCGCGCUCGCAGGACGAGCCAGGCAAAGGCAGCUUCUGGCGCGUGGACUCUGCCUCGGAAAGCAAGCUUGUGGAGCAAGCCUUCCGUAAGCGAAGGCAGAGGGGUGUGGCCUGCUUCCGGACCCCCUUCGGACCCCUCUCAUCCCGGACAAAGAGUGCCCCCGCGUCACCCACCCACCAGGGACUGCUUUCUCCACCGUCUAGUGGGCUGCAAACCCCUGAAUGUCUUAGUAGGGAGGGAUCCCCCAUCCCUCAAGACCACCACGAGCAACUUGCGCACAAACUGGCCGCUGUGCCGGAAUAUCGUUACACACAGAGUGCACCAGGAUCUCCGGUCGGCGCACAGCCCGUAAUCAUGGCGGCGCCUCCACACCCGGGUGCCGCCCUCAGCAAGGCCGUGGCCCUUAUCCCUCGGGGCGGUGGCCAGGUCCACCUUCUCCAGAAUCCCCCGCCGUCCUCCGUCACUAUGUUGCGCGUGGUCUCUGGCGCCCCGCCCAACGGCUACUGUGCUCCGUCUUUGGUCACCACCGCAUCGUGUGGUGGGGAGCUCAGAGAAGCGCAGAUGAAUCGUGAGCUCGUCAUUCAGACGACCGAGGGCCCCGCGCAGUCGGCCGAUGCGCGCAACACGGCGCUGGGGCUGCAUCAACUCGCCGUGCACCCUGUAACACACAACGGGAAGCUCGCUGCCGUCUCCACGGCAGCUGGCCUCGCCGCUUUCACUUCAGGUCUAAGCAGUCCUCUCCAGAUUCUGGCGACUCAGGCCUCCAGCUCCCCUCCAGUAGUGGUGAGUCAUCCGCUUUCCGCCAAGCAACUCAGCACGGGCGGCGAACCUCAGGCCAAGCGGUCUAAGAUAGAUGACGGCGAAGCCACCGCCACCCAGCAACCUGUUAUCGUCGCCAUGAUGCCACAAAGCUACGAGGCCAGGAAGUGA